AUGGCAGGGCUCACAGAUCCCAAGACAUCGAGAUCUGCCGUUUUCGGUACUUCUCUCUUAGUGGAAGGUGUGAUAACAGCUGAGCUUCACCCUGUGGUCUUUGUUGCACUGCUGAGAGGAAUUAUGCAGCUGUGGCAUGAAGAUUUCUUAGUAGCAUCAUCAGCUGCUGAAGCCAGCACAGUUCUACAACAUCUGCAACAGCUAGUGAAGAGUAGUACCAUGUAUGUACAACAGCACUUUAACAAUGAUGCUAAUGAUAUGCCUCAAGAGCUUCUCUCGCUGAAAGAUGCAGUAUUUGAGGUGAUUCAGCAUCCUUCCUGCCCACUGGACCUAAGAACUAAUUGUGGACAGUUGGUGGCAACCAUUACAAAGACUCUGCAUAAGGGAAAUCUCCAACAGGUACUACAGAGUUACCGUUUUGAUGAAGAACAAUCUGAGCUCCCAACUUUAACCCAAUUAGCCCUUCUUAAUGGCAUUUUGUCUAUCUCACAAGGAAGAGAUUUAUAUGCCCAGCAGGACUGUGGCAUUUGCUUAGGUACAGAUGUUUUACAGGCAAUAUUAAAACCUGGCAUGCAGUCCAGUGAUGGAAACAUUGCUAUUAGUGUGAUCAGAGUUGUCCACCAAUGGACUUUACGGACACUGGAAGCAUUCCGAUCUCCAGGUGAAUUAGAAAGGUUAAGAAUUGUUUUGGACCCAAGCUCCACCCUCAUGGUCCGCCUCCUUGAGUAUAUGUGGCUAGCAUGGGAUCAUUUCUUGGACAGUGUCAAGAAUGCGACUAAGGACAGUUUUGUUAAUUACAUGAAGAUACAACAGAGUCUCUCUGUUGAAGUGAGUGGACAGCACUUUCUGGGUGUUUGUAAGUUAUUGCUAGAAGAUUUAUGCUCCAGGAAAUUCAAGUUCAGUGCAGUGAGCUGUAUGGUUCCUGUAGUUGGUGCUCAGAAUUUACUACUCUCUUAUCCUCAACUUCCUCGUACACUGUUAAACCAACUGAGGGACCCAGCUGUUGCCAGUCACUCAGCAGAGCUUUUAGAAGCUCUCUUCACUCAGCACCAAAAAGAGGUGUCGCUGGAUGAGUGGCAGGAUUUGUGGCUCUCAGUAUUCCUUGACUUGUUUUCAAAAGAGAUGCAGACAUAUGGUUAUGAGCUACUUUUCAAGAAACUGUUGUUCACAUGCCCUGAAGCUCUCAGUGUUGCUGUGAAAAAACUUGUUGAGUUGGCAAAAAAUCCUGUGAGUGAAAAAUUGUGUCUGCUUAUCAUGUGUGUCAAAAUAGGUAGAUGUUCACCCCAUUGGUUAAAGAAGUGUCAGGAAAAUAAUAAAGAAAGUGAAGAACAAAUGUGGAAAUCUAUUUUACCAUACGAGACAAUCAAACUUUGUCUUUGGCAUACAGAUGAAUCUGUCAGAACUGCAGCAUUCAGCCUGCUGUGUGAAAGUCCAAAGUCAACAGAAUUACCAGAGAAAGAAGAAUUAGAGUUGAUAUAUGAUUAUUAUUUGUACAAUCUCACAACUCAGAGUCCCUCUUAUAGGCAGCACUUACUCAAGAGCACAAAGAAGCUAUUCCUUAGAAUUAAAGAGGGGACAAUGGCUUUAACAAAAUCUUCCAAGAGGAAAGGUGACAGAGAACAUGAAAAAGACGUCCUCACAGUACAGCAAGAAUUCUCUUCAAAGUUGUUUUGGCAGAUGGUGAAAAAUCUCUACAAUGGGGCAAACAGCAUGCGGAGAACUAUGUCACUGCAGGUGCUAGAGCUCUUUCAGACAAUAUUAAGUGGUUGUUACAAUGACCUAGAGUUAACUAAGUUGUGCCAGAGUAAGGUUUAUACUGACACACUCAUCAGUGUCCUUGAUGACUCUUAUGAAGCUAACAAAGUCAUUGCUCUGAUGCUAUUACAAAGCACACCUAAGACAUGUGAAGAUCCUGAAGACACUCAGAGAAUUCAUGCACUGAUCAAAGCAGCAUGCACUUUGGCUUCAACGUGUAGACCUCCAGACACUAUAACUGCUGGAUAUUUGUUCAAGUACUUAUCUAGCCAUCCUGUGGCAAUAAGCAUAGUGAAAGCCAACAUAAAAGAUAAUCCUGCAACAGAAAAUGCUAUAGCAUUAUUUUGUAUGUUUGUUUUACAAUUUCUACAAAAGGAAGUUCAAACUGCUAAGGAAAGUCUCCUAAAAGCAGCUUCAUCAGGACCCAUGUAUGGACUACUGCUCUGUGUCAGGAUGUUGCUGUCUGACAUUCCAGAAACUGAUAUAACAAAGCACCACCACACAUGGCAAGAAAUUCUAAAGAUAGUGCUGCAGCUCUGUUACCAGGUGUCAGAACUGGUGGCUCCUGUAGUAAGAAAUUCCUCUCCUGAAGGUCAUUUACCGAUGGAUCUAAAUCCUGAGAGUCUUGAAGUGCUGAGAGCCACAUUACAGCAGUCCCUAGGAAACCACCAUAAUGAGCAGGACGUUAUGUUGUCAGCAGAAGCAACACCACAGGAAUUAGUGAAGGCACAGGCUGUGAGUGCACAAAUGUUAUUGCUCUGUGCCUGGAGGUGUGUAAAGGAAGUUUCUCUUAUAUUUGGAGAUGUUGUGCAAAAAAUGCCUCUGUCCCCUAAGGCAGAUGCAGUACUAACAAAUGAAGAUGUAGUAAUGAUUGGACAGUACUUUAUAACCCAAUUGCUUGAGACCAAGCAUAGGGGGGCAUUUGAACAAUCCUAUGUAGGAUUUGGUAGAGUCUGUGAAAAAUUAUGGAGCUGUGAAGAGGAAGAACUACGGAAGUUGCCAGCAUCUUGGCUAGAAGAUCUGCUAGCUACAAUACAGGAUGAAAGCGACACUCGUCUGUGUGCCACACGCCGUAGUGCGGGAGUGCCAUUUAUAGUACAGGCAGUGUUAUCUUCUGAGCCUAAGAUGAUGGGAGCCUCAUGCUUAAAGACCACAAUGAGCACUCUCUUACGAUUGGCAGAAGAGACUCACUACAGUGGCUCAGAAGCUAGAAUUCACUCAUUUAAUAUUCUCAGAGCAGUAUAUAAGGAUACUAGAUUAGGGGACUUAAUCAUUCCGUAUGUAUCUCAGGGUGUAAAAGCAGCUAUAGAAGGAUACAGGGGCAACUCAUGGGCAGAAAGGAACUCCGCUGCACUCUUGUUUGCUGCACUGAUUACUCGUAUGUUAGGUGUGAAACGGACGCAGGAUGAUCUCAGUCGGAAGAAUGCCAUGUCUGCUCAGGUUUUCUUCAAGCGAUAUCCAGAAUUGUAUGAUUUCUUGAAGAUUGAGCUAGAAAAUGGAGCUGCUGGUGUUAAAGAAGGGAAACUUGUACCAGCGUUGUUUCCUGUGCUCUUGCUUCUAGCUAGACUUGCACCUGCUCCUCUUGAAGGUCGUAUGUCUGCCAUCUCUCUCGCAUCCUUUACUCCAGCUGUAUUACAGUGUUCGGCAUCAUCUGUGCUACAGUUGCGAGCUCUAGCCUCCCAUGCUCUCAUUCCCCUGGUUAAUCCUCACCAACUUGAAGGAGUGAUAGAGCAAAUAUCUACCAGUGCAUCAUUGUCAAGUCAAAAUGCUCUCCAUGGUUGCUUGUUAUGUCUUUUUAAAUUGGUAAAUAACUUUGAAGAGACAGUCUGCAAUCCAAGCAUGAAAAGUUUAUUGACUGUAAUAUGGUCAGCCAGUCAAAAGAACCCUUGUCUGGUAACACGUGCUUCUGCUCUUGAACUUUAUACAUUCUUGGCUCAGCGGAAGUUACUACAAGAAUCCUCACCAGAAGUUUUUGAAGUUGUUUCAGAUGCAUGUGCAAUCAUAAAGAAAAAUGAUCUAGUCUUACAAAGUAUGCCUUGGUCAGCAUUGUGUCAGAAACAGGCAACAAGGUUUGUACUGACCACUGCAUAUAAUUUACAGGAGGACCAUGACAUUACAAUAAACAUGCUGAUUAGUCACAGUUGCUAUGAGGUGAGACAUUCUACCCUGGAGCACAUAGAAGGAAGGACAUGCCUUGAAGCACCCAUUCUCAUGCACCUUCUGAGGUGCAUCCAUACAGAAGUUCAUCCAGAGUGUCUCUCACUAGUCUACAGCAUCCUAAGUAAGCAGCUCUCAUCCCUAAAUCAUGGGAAAGAAGUGAUUGGACAAGACCAGUUGGUGGAGCUGUUAUAUCACAUAAUCUCCAGUGUGAAAGAGGAAACCUGCUUAGACCUUAUGACAAGGAUGAUUCAACUGUGUUCUGUUGUAAUGAUUAUAUUAUUGUCAAUGGAAACAUCUGUUGUAACAGAGAAAGCCAUUCAUCAGUGGUUAGAAAUGAUUUCGAGUUUCUCGCUGAGUGAAAAUGAUACAGACACUCGCGAAGCUACAGCACAAGCUGUGUGUGAUAUUCUUCCUCAUCUGGUUUCACAUCCUUGUAUAACAGAAAAAAUCAGGUUGGUGGUCUAUGAGAUCAUGACAACAGAGCUACAGGAUGACAGUGACUGUGUUCGCGAUACAGUGUCAUAUGGAGUGUCUGAAUUGUUGAAGCAUCAUCAUCAAGAAAGACAACAAUUCUACCUGCAGCCUACAAGGGUCAUGGAAAAAGUGUGUGGAAUAAUUGCAUCUUGUAAAUGGCCAGAAGCUUCAUCACUGUUGGUGAAACUCUCCCUGAAAGAGGACUUGCCUGAGGGUUUUGGACUGGCACAGGAGGAUGAUCGUGUCUUUGACAAAGGAGAGAUGAAUAUCUACAGUGAAAAGAUGAUCGUCUCACAGGCAGCUUUAAAAGCACUCUCAGAUGCCCUAACUUUGAAUUCAUUUGCUUCUGCCUCAACCUUAACCUUCCUAAGGAGUCACGUUGUUCCAUUUUUAUGUGCACCAACAGGUAGGCAAGACAAGAUACCUGAAGAUGUGUGGCAAAUCAUAAGCCAAGAGGAGGAUCAAUUACUUUUGCUGAGUCAUUUACUCUCUCUAUUAGAGUAUGAUAUUUUCUACAUAUAUGAGCAAAUCGUGUCUCUCAAGGAUACAGCAUUAUUUUGUGUAAGACAUGUAGAUCUCUGGCUUAUGAGGUUGAGCUGCCGGUCUGCCAUCUGGGCAAGGUUCAGUCCUUUAAUUGAUAAGGAAUCAAGCCUUGUGAAAUCAGUGGUUGAAGGACUGAACCAGAGUGUGUUGAAAAAUAGUUUUCUUUGUCAGAUUAUUGAAGAGUUGUCUUCUGUAAGAUAAAACUAGUGUGCAGGUCAAGAGAGAAAAGGCUUUUAAAUAGUAGUAAAUACCAAGAAUGGAACAAGAACUUUGAACUUCAAGAUUUACAAGCUGAUAAGAAAAGAGUUCACUGUAUUGUGUGUGUGUCUGACAGUCUUAUCUGAAAUUAUCUGGUUUUAUUUUUGUAUGCACAUGUGAGUUUAAUGUAUUUUCCUGAAAAGAUAUGAUUUUAAUGUAAAUAAUAGGAUAAAAUUAUAGUUUUUAUAGAAUGUGUCUUAGAUAAUGCUCAUUGUGCAAUAAGUGAUGUACGUGAUUAAUUUAAAUGAUGUUUUUUCCGUUUAUUUCUACAUUGUGUGUCCACCAACUAAUGAUGUUGAUAAAAGGAAAACAUAUUCUAGAUGUCAAAUGAUUAUUAUCAGUGUUGUUUUGUGUCAUUGCAUUUUCCUGAUAUGUUUAUGAAUUAUAAAACAUUUACACUGUGGAGAUCUGAUGUUCGUGUAAAUGAGAUAAGAAAGAGGAAAAUAUAAAGUACAAGAUAAUCUGAACUUGUAAUUUUUGUUAAAGUAGAAAGAGAAUGAAUUGUAAACACAUGCUUAUAAUGUUUAACAUCUUUAUAGAAAAGUAUUUAAUUGUUAUAUUUUUGCUGAAGACAUUUUAUCAUUGUAACUUAUUUUUGUAAUUAAUUAUGAUGUGAUAUUUGAUAUUUCUGAAGAGUUGUGAUGAAGAUUGACUUCACUGUAAUGAUGAUAUAAAUUGGAAAAAA